CAUCGGGUCAGAAUUGGUGCUUACAAAAAUGGUGAGUGAUUGAUUGAUAAUUCAACUCCAGAAAAGUCUGAAGUUUUGUAUAAAGACGAAACAACAACCACACUACAAAGAUACACAAAUAGACAAAUAAAAGUACACUACUGAUUCAUAUCCAAACAUCAAACUCAAGAUACCCCAUUAGUCAGCUCCGUGAUACAAGAUCAAUAAUGGAACAACCAACACCUAUACAUCAACAACAGCAACAGGAUGACUUAUUUGCGAGCAUACCACUUGUCUCACCAAGCAUAACACCAAGUGGAUCCAUACCAUCGACACCAUUAGGGGUCCCGGUCCAUGAAGAAGACUUAUCAGAUGGGAAAAGACAACUACUCCCAGAUGAAUUACCAAUAGUGGAGUGUAUGGCAAGAGCAAGAAUCCCAACAACUCAAGGUUUAGAAAUUUUCUUGCAUCUAUAUACAAACAAUGUUGAUAAUAAAGAACAUUUGGCUAUUGUGUUUGGUGAAAAGAUUAGAUCCAAGACAUUAUUCAAGAAAAGACCUGGUGAAACUCAAAGUGAUAGAAUGACAAGAGGUGCUUAUGUUGGGAAAUUAAGACCUGGUCGUAUAAUUGCUGAUAAAGAUGAAAGAACUGGUGAAGAGUUGAAAUUUGAUGACGAGGGGAAUGUUUUAUAUCAAUUAAGUCCAGAAGAUGAGGCGACUUUAGUACGUAUUCAUUCCGAGUGUUAUACAGGUGAAACUGCAUGGUCUGCUAGAUGUGAUUGCGGUGAACAAUUUGAUGAAGCUGGUAGAUUGAUGGGUAAAGCUGGGAAAGGCUGUAUUGUUUACCUAAGACAAGAGGGCCGUGGUAUUGGAUUGGGAGAAAAAUUAAAAGCUUAUAAUUUACAAGAUUUAGGUGCAGAUACGGUGCAAGCUAAUCUUUUAUUAAGACAUCCAGCUGAUGCUAGAUCAUUUUCAUUAGCUACUGCAAUCUUGUUAGAUUUAGGAUUAACAGAUAUCAAGUUAUUGACAAAUAAUCCAGAUAAAAUUGUUGCGGUGGAGGGUAAAGAAAGACAAGUUAGAGUUGUUGAAAGAGUUCCAAUGGUUCCAUUAGCUUGGGGUAAAGAUGGUAAGAAUGGGAUACAUUCUAAAGAAGUUGAUGGUUAUUUGAGAACAAAGAUUGAAAGAAUGGGGCACUUAUUGCAAAAGCCAAUAAACAUUUAGGUGUGUGUAUGAUAUUAAUGAAGGAAAGGAAAAAGAUUGAACAUGUACACCAUUCUAGAUCCUUGAAGUAUUUGUCAAAUUAGAGUCCGCUGGAAUUCCAUAUA